AUGAACACGAUCCGUCAUUUUUUCGUACUGGAUAGUGAUUGCUUAGCUAUCUUUUUUAUCUUGCUUCGUUCUUUCGGAAAUCCCGACAACAGAUCAGGUUGCGUGAAAGGGCGUGAGCUCUUCAUGGAGGCUAUUCAGGAUGUGCUGACUGGCCUCAUCUAUGGACUUACACGAUGUCAGAGGAUCCAUGUCAUGCCAUGCCAGUCCGUUGCUGCACUUUUCUUACGCUACGCUUCGGGCAUAAUAAUCUUUGCGGAGUGGACAACCAACGAAUUCCCGCCCACUUUUCAGCAAAGUUGGUAUCUUUCUAACCGCGAUAAAUAUAGAUAUUUAGAUAUCUUCGUAACAGACAGUGAAAAAAAAUUUGCUCGACUUAGCGACCGUGUGAAAAGAAACUUGUUCAUCUCGGAGUAGAACAAUGUUUGUGUUGCUGGAUUAAGAAUGUAAGCAUAACUUUCGGUUUUUUAGUUGUGAAUGUUGUGAAAAAUGAUCACCACCAAAUCGAUUGACAAAGAUAGAUGAGUUAUCCCCAUAUUAAUCUGAGCCUGUGUGAAAAAAGUCUCUAACUCUCUCUUGCCUACCAGGUAUGCUUACGUCUAAAUCUGGUCUUCUUAUCUAAGGUCUGCAGUCGGUGCCAGGUCUACAACUUAUCAGAAGUGAGCUUGUUGUUUCUGCUCCUGCUCAAGUAAUGGAAUCGAUUCAUAGAUAAAUAGUACUGGGUUAUGUUGAAGUAAGAAAAAGAAUAUUGCUAACGUAACAUAAAAGUGUGAUUCCUUGGGACAUUCCUUUCAUGGAGAAGCUACGUAGCUUUUGUUCUCAGAAUAUGUGACGCUUGCACGCACGCUGAUGAGUUCGUCAUACAAUGAGUUCGAAUUGAAUUCUUGAGUUAUUCGUCAGAUUUUUAUGGGAGUUAGUCUUCAAUCAUAAUUUCUUGGAACAUGAUACUGAUAUCUACUUGCAAACAUCUGGUGGUGCUGCAUAGGUAGCUGUAAAGUGUUGCGCAAAAUAAUCAUGGGAUAGUCGUCGGAUCAACAUGGUAAUGAAGCGCUGUACCCCUUCCCAAUCCCACGAUGUUUAGACAGAACAACGACGUUCGUCUGAACUGUGUGUAUCGAAUGAACUCUGAACUGUUUGUAUAUGCAGGCAGCUCUGCCAUUUUUCCGCUGGAAAAGAAU